AUGGCGUAUGCAACUGUUUCCAGUAUAUUGGAGCAACUGGCUUCAAUCAUUACGCAAGAGAAACAAGAUUAUGUGAAGCUAGUAGUGGGCGUCGACAAAGAAGUUAAAAUGCUGCGCACCAAUCUUGAAGCCGUUCAAGCCGUGCUCUUGGAAGCAGAGGAAAGACGGUUGAAGGAAGAAGCUGUGAAUGAUUGGCUUGGCCAGCUCAAAGACACGUGCUAUGACUUAGAAGACGUGUUGGAUGAGUGGAAAACUGCUUUGUUGAAAUUGAAAAUCGAGGGAGUUCAUGAAAAUGUUCUUGUUCCUAAGAAGGUACCUUUCUUUCCCUUCUCUUGCUUCAAUUACAAACGAGUCCAUUUACGUCAUCAAAUUGCUAUCAAGAUCAAGGAUAUAACUAAAAAUCUAGAUAUUAUCGCCCUAGAGAGAGAAAAUUUUCUUUUUCGUCCGACCCUGACUAGUGAAAAUUUUGAAGGAGUACAGAAUGUCUCCUCAAUGGAUGUGUCUGAUAUAUAUGGUCGAGAUGCCGAGAAGAAUGCUCUAGUACGUAAGUUACUUGAGGGGGGUGAACAGGUACGAAACCUCCAUAUUAUCUCAAUCGUAGGUAUGGGGGGAAUUGGAAAAACCACUCUUGCUCGAAUUGCCUACAAUGAUAAUCAGAUUGUAGAAAAUUUUGAUGAAAGAAUAUGGGUGUUUGUAUCCGACCCUUUUGAUGAGCUUAGGAUUGCUAAAGCAAUCGUUGAAAGUCUAAAGGGUUCACCCUCCAAAGUUGUGGAAUUAGAUUCUCUUUUAAAUAUCAUUCGUGAAUCUAUAGUAGGAAAAAAAUUUCUUCUUGUCUUAGAUAAUGUAUGGACAGAGGAUUAUCGUAAAUGGGAGCCACUCUAUCAUUGUCUGAAGAAUGGUCUCUAUGGAAGUAAAAUAUUGAUUACCACACGUAAGGAGACAGUGGCACGUAUGAUGCAUUCAAUUGACAUUAUCACCAUUAAUCCAUUAUCGGAGGAGAAAUGUUGGGAAUUAUUUAGCAAAAUUGCCUUUUCUGGUAGAGCUCGCGAGGAGUGUGAAAAUUUGGAAGAAAUUGGUAGAAAAAUUGUAGGCAAGUGUAGUGGACUACCUCUUGCUGCAAGGUGCAUGGGAGGUCUUUUGCGCUUAAAAAAACAUAGAGAGGAGUGGCUAAGAGCCUUAGAGGAAUUGAACAGGUCUGAACAUGAUAUUUUAUCUCUUCUAUUUUUGAGUUACCAGCUUCUGCCUUCAACGGUACAACAAUGUUUCUCAUAUUGUGCCAUAUUCCCAGAAGGCUACCGUAUAGACAAAGAACAAUUGAUCAAAUUAUGGAUGGCUCAAGGUUUUCUUGGGUUAGAAAAUAAUAUGGACAUGGAGAGAGUUGGUGAAGAAUAUUUCAAUGACUUAGUAACACGAUCGUUGUUCCAAGAUUUUGAAACAGAUAGUGAUGGUAAUAUUUUAUUUUGUAAGAUGCAUGACUUAGUGCAUGAAUUCGCUUGUUUUAUCCGAAAGAAUGAGCUCUUAAUCUUAGAAGUCAACGCUCUGGAAGGCCCAGACAGAGAUUUAUCUGACCGGAAGUUUUAUCAUUCAACAUUAAUUCUUGGGGUAGAGGCUCCAUUUCCUCUGUCCAUAUGUAGUAGUAUGAAAAGUUUGCGUAGCCUCUUAAUUCUAUAUGGAGUUACAAAUUAUCAGUCGAUGAAUGAAAUCAUGCCAAGGUUAUUUGGUGAAUUGACACGUUUACGGGCAUUAGAUGUGAGUGGAAAUAUAUGGUAUGAGAAUAUGGUCUUAGACAUUCCAAAAGAGAUUGGGAGAUUGAUACAUUUGAGAUACCUCAAUUUGUCCUCCCUAAAGAUAAAAGAAUUGCCAGAGGUAUUGUGUGAAUUGUAUAAUUUGCAGACUUUAGAGCUUCGUGGGUGUGCUGAUCUCAAGAGCUUACCUCAAGGGCUGGGAAAGUUAACCAACUUGAGACAUUUAGUAAAUGAAGGGACUUCACUAACUUGCAUGCCAAUAGGAAUCGAGAGAUUAAUUUGUCUUCGAACAUUAAGUGAAUUUGUUGUGAGUGGUGAUGACAAUGGCGACAAAGCAUGUGCCCUGAAAUCUCUGGCAAACUUGACACAUCUUCGAGGGUCUGAGGUCGAUGUGGCCAAAGAAGCAGAACUUCGGAAUAAGAACCUCCUCUUUUUGAAUCUAAAUUUUGAAAAGCAUGCAGAAGAAGAGAGGGUGAAUGUGGAUAGAGAAGGGGAAAGGAUGGAUAAAGAUGAACUAGUUCUUGAUGUCUUACAACCACCUCUUAGUUUAGACAGGUUAGAGAUUACAUACUACAGAGUCUCCAUGAUUGCAUGA